AGAUUGUUUACAUACAUAUGUAUGUGGAAAUGAAGGCUGGAAAAUUAAAAAGGAAUUUUUGGUUAACUGCCGAAAUUGAAUGCAUGCUUAAUUUAAUAAAGGAAGUAAAAAUAAGUCAAGGAUCUUCACAUAUUACGACGACGCACAACACUUUUACUCAAAUUGCGAGUAAGAUGAAAAGGCGUGGAUUUCCAAACAAAUCACCAACUCAAGUUCGUCGGAAAUGGUUUCAGAUGAAGUCAGCAUACCUUUGUUACAAAAAAGGAAAUGUGGAUAGACUUUUCUUAAUACCUGAAAGAUUCCGAAGUGUAAUUGCUCAAUUUGUGGAAAAUGGAAGUAAAGUACGACGUCUUCCCUCAAAUAGGCCACCAACAAUUGAGUGCAAACUUCAGCCCAAAAUCUUAAAUCCAAAAUUGCCAGUCGAUGCAUUUAUAGUCCAAUUAAAAAAGAGUAAUAGUUUAUUGAAUGUCGAAUUCAGCAGAUUGGAAUCAGCCCUUUUUAAUUAUGAGCAAAGGUGUCAAUCCAUGCGAGAUUAUAACAUAAUAAAAUAUUUGACUUCCUAAA